GUCAGGCCUGAGUGGCCUGAGAUCCUCCCUACUUGCUAACACAUACUGAUAUGAAUCUGUGCAAAAAGCUCUUCCAGGGGUGGACUGACAACUCAUGGGGCCCCUGGGCAAUAGGGGAUCAUGGGGCCCCUGUGUCCUUGCCCAAACUCAAAAAAGCCUAUGAAAAAGGUACCAGGGGCAUCUCAUGGGGCCCCCUACUGACCCCGGGCCCUCAGGUAGUGCCCGAGUUUCCAAAUGGUCAGUCCACCCCU